AUGCGCUGCAAAGGACUUGAAAGUGAUGAGGAUAUAGCGACAUGGGUUGCCGGUCGCGUGUGGGUAUAUUAUAUGUUAAAAGUAUCAGAAUUACUAGAUACAGUAUUCUUUGUACUUAGAAAGUCACUCAGGCAAAUUAGCAAAUUACAUUUGCACCAUCACAUCUUAAUGGUAAUAGCUGCAUGGGCUGCAAUCACUUAUUACCCUGGCGGAGUGUCUUCUUUUCGGUGGCCAGUGUGUAAUAAUUGGAUUUCUCAACAGUAUUGUCCAUGUGAUUAUGUACUUCUACUAUCUGAUCUCUGGGCUUGG